AUGAUUCGGGUUGCGGUUUUCCUAACAAGAUCAAAAUGCGCACUGCCUGCAGCGAAUGGACUGGGUGAACUUUCUUCUGAUCCGCGCGAAAUCGAUAAAGCACCUGACACGACAUUUCGCUCAGGGGAUCUUAUCGAAGGUGUUGUUAUCGGUUCUCUUCGCCGCCUCGGAAAGCGAAUGGCACCCUGGUCCAACACUGGUGGCCAGGAAAGGGCCUGGGCCACAAGAGCGCCACAAGAUCUAGACCAAAAUGAAGAUAGGUUCCAUAUUUUUAUCAAGCGCGCGCAGAGCGAGCGGUUCCAUUUUCUUCAGGAGAUAGAAAUGAGAGAGAGUGAGCAAAUCUUCAGAGCUAAACUUCAUACAUAUGCUCAUCUUGAGAUGUGCACCUUGUGCUUCAAAAGGCGGUGUGGCCCACACGACUCGGAACAAUACUGCAUUAGGGAGGGGGAGGGCUCUCUUUUUGGCCUCAGUACGGGACUAGCUCUUAAGCAGCCUCGAAAUUAUCUCAAUAUCCGCUUUUUCGAAACGCCUCUCCUUCAUGUUUUAAAGGGUGGAAUUGUCCCCAGUCAAGACACGCGACCCAUAUUCCACAACCACUAUACGCCGAGAGAGGAUUGUGUAGAAGAUGACCCGCUGAGAUUCAAUAUAUCACCUUUGGUGGAGUACUAUAGCCUCUCAGGAGGCAUGAGUGAUGAAAGAAGUGUCUUGUGGACUGUUGAUUGGACAGCCCAUUGUAGAGCCUCCUGGUAUACAAGUAGAAAGCGAUCGCAAUCCCCAUUCACUCUAGGUUUAUCAGACCCUGUGGAAAUUAUAGUGAAACGCUACACGAGGGGUCAUAUUCAACAAACGCUGGUCACGAUAUGGCUAAUAACGGCCCUAGUUCUACGAUUUGCUCUCUUUCCUUCCCAGAAGUGCAUCUCGAGUACUUUUAUCACCGCAUUUAAUCCAUGUCCUACCCUGCAGCCUAAUCAACUUUUCUUGCCUAGUUCCCGCAUUACCCUAUCGCUUCAUGCUUCCUGGAUUCUAAAAAUCACAGCCACUGAACAUGUUUACAGUUACGGAGGUCUAAGAGCUCCACAACCUGCUCAUAUUCACCAACCACUGCUACCUACCGCAGCACCAUGGAGCCUAGCUCACUCCAUCGCAUAUAUAGACCUCUAG